UUCCCGGUCUCCUGGGGUCUCGCCCGGUCCCGCUCUGUGUCGGUGCCCCCACUCCUGCCCCGGGGACCCCUCCCCCCGAGCAGCCCCAUCGCCCCUUCCGCCUUCCCCCGCGGCCGGCUGUGCCCCGGGGAGGCUCCGUUGGGAUCACGGGGUCGUUUAUCUUGCCCGGGAUCAGCCAAUAUUUGUGGCUACGUCAGGAGAAGGAGCCCUUUCUCACUCGCGGCCCCGGUGGAGUCCAACUCUGCUGCCCAGACACCACCGUCCCGGCUCGGCUCCGGCUGCUCGGGAUCCCGGCUGAGCUGCUGACACCCCCAACCGUUCCCUCCUGAUCCCCGAUAUGACCACCUUGGUGGCUUUCCUGCUUCUGAGCCUCCUGAGGACGGUGGCUCCCAAAGGAGAGCAGUGCCCAGCGUGUGGGCUGGCAGCGCAGGCUCCCACCACCCAACGGGACGUCCUCAUCGCGUUGGCAAAGCAGAGCAUCCUCUCCAAGCUCCGCUUGCCGGACAGACCCAACAUCACUCACCCCACAUCCAGGGGAGCUCUGCUGAGCGCUCUGCGCCGGAUACGUGCCCAGCGUGUGGACACAGCCAUCUCUCCAGGGAUGCCCCCUGACAGCAGCCUCCCACACCGCCAUCCUGGGGUGGGUGUGCAGGAAUACGAGAUCUUGAGCUUUGCCGAGUCAGAGUCCUCCACCUUCCACAACAUUCGCCUGCAUUUCCGCUUCACCCAAGAGCUGGCUGUGAGCACUGAGAUCCUCCAAGCCACCCUCUACCUCUUCUGGGCAGUCCCCAGCCCUGGGACACAUCCUGUCACCGUCAGACUCCUGCAGCCAGACCCAACGGGGCUGAACAUGACCAUGGUCAGUGAGACACGGCUGGAGGUGCAGAGGACUGGUUGGGUCACGCUGGACGUAGGUCAAGCUGUUCAGAGAAUCUUUGGCCAAGGAAGCCAGAGGCUUACUGUGGAGGUGGAGGUGGCGGAGGAUUGGGCAUCUCUUCUUCUGGCUGGUCACAGGGAUUCCCACUGGCCAUUUGUGGCAGCCCAAGCCCAGGUCAGGAUGCCCCACCGGGUCCAGCGGCGUGGCAUUGAUUGCAGUGGGACCUCUCGGAUGUGCUGCCGCAAGGAAUUCUUCAUGGACUUCAAGGAAAUUGGCUGGGAGGACUGGAUCAUCCAGCCAGAGGGAUAUCACAUGAACUACUGUGCAGGGCUCUGCCCCCUGCACAUGGCUGGCAUCCCUGGCCUUGCUACGUCCUUCCACACGGCUGUCCUUAACCUCAUCAAAGCCAACAAUGCAGACGCAGCCGUGGACUCCUGCUGUGUGCCCACACACCGUCGCCCACUCUCUCUGCUCUACUAUGACCGGGACAGCAACAUCAUCAAGACCGACAUCCCUGACAUGAUUGUUGAUGCCUGCGGUUGUACCUGACUGGCUUCCCUCCUUCCAGCCUCUCUCUGGCAGUGUGAGACCUGCUGAGAGAUGGGAACCGGGUGUGUUGCCGAGGUGUUUUCUCCUCUAGAGGCUGAAGCAUCAAGGGUAAUGCUGAAUCUGCAAGUCCUCUCUCACCUCCCACACAGCUCUUUCCCCCCUUCAGAUCUACCCAUGGAUUCCUCUCUGCCCAUGAGCCACGGCCUCUGAGACCGGCUCCUGAUGGACACAGGACCCUUCUACCUGCUGGACUCUGCAGAGAAUGCCCUGGGCAGCCCGUGCUUGCCCGCGACGGGUCCCACACCAAUGCCACGGUGCAGCCCUCAGUGCUGCCACAUGAACAUGUGCUUUUCAGGUCACUGGUCCCAGCAGUGCCCACCUCAGGCUGCAGGGUGGGAUAAAGGCUGAAAAUAUGCUGGGGGGUGGCUAGGCUAGAGGGGAGAGGGGCAUCUUUGGGUUGAGCAUGGUAAGGAAGGGGAAUUUGAUCCCAGUGGGAGGAAAGCAUCCCAGCUACCUGAUAUUCAU